AUGUCUCUGGAAUGCAAUUUCCAAUGCCAUUUACCAGCUCGGGGCUGCUCCUCGCUCUUGGUCAUGGGAGCUGAAGAACACGAUGAUGCCCCCUCCUUCACGAGAGAGAGACGGACACAUCACAUCGAGUUAACGGUUGAAUGGAUCUCCGUGACCGAGGCGAAACAUCCAAGAGCUCCAGCCGAUCCCUUAGAAACAUUCCCAUCCACGAUAAAACCAUCCCAUAACCCGCACGUUCACGCCCCACCGGCUGUCCGGUAUGAUAGCCAGGGAGCCAUCUAUCCACACUGCACCACCUGA